AUGUCUUCCGGGGCCAGCUUGAGCGCCCUGCAGCGCCUGGUGGAGCAGCUCAAGCUCGAGGCGGCCGUGGAAAGGAUCAAGGUCUCCCAGGCUGCCGCAGAGCUUCAGCAGUACUGCAUGCAGAACGCUUGCAAGGAUGCCCUGCUAGUUGGUGUUCCAGCUGGAAGUAACCCCUUCCGGGAGCCCAGAUCCUGUGUUUUACUCUGAA